UGCUCGCGCGUCAGCUCGCUCUGUUAUGUGCGAAGCUAGCUCAAGCUAAACUACGUAAUCAGUCAUGAUGUCGAUUAUCAUGAAGAACAGUUGCUGCUCGAACUAUGUAUAGUUUUUCCCCCCCUUAAGAUAAAUUUUUUAAAAGCUACAAUGUGACAAUACGUUUGCUGUCUGUGCUGCUGUGGUGAUUAUUUUAUAUUUUUAAUAAUAAAAGAUGAAGCUACUUUAGGAAACGAGCUAAUGUAGCUACAUAACGUUGACUUAAUUGCUUUCUAGCUAGUUGAUCGACCUGUAGAUAAAUAUUUCACUGACAGACGGGAUGGCAGACUCAUCGCCUUUAUCGGGAGUCAAUGUUGUUUUAGUUAUGGCCUAUGGGAGUUUGGUGUUCGUGCUGUUGUUCAUCUUCGUUAAAAGGCAGAUCAUGCGCUUUGCAAUGAGAUCGCGCCGUGGACCACAUGCACCUAUAGGCCACAAUGCACCUAAGGGUUUGAGGGAGGAGAUAGACUCAGGAUUGUCCAAGGUCCAGGAGAUCCGUUUCGAACCUCGUCUCCUAUCAGAGGAAGAUGACAGGCUGAAACGGGGAUCACAGAUUAGUUGCUACAACUACCUGUACAGAAUGAAAGCCCUGGAUGCCAUUCGUGACUCAGGAAUUCCUCUGCAGGAUAUAAGUCGCAGUCCCAGCGCAUUUACUGGACGCAGCUUUAGGAACUGGCUUCUGGAGUUGCGCAACUCCCACUCUCUGAUCAAGAGCAGCCGCAGCGCCCUCAUUGACCGCUUGCUUCAGGGCUACGACAGUGCUCGGCAUGGAACUGGGGUGUUUGGGGAGGCUGAAUUUCUUCAAUACCAGCAGGCUCUCAAUGAACUGGCUGAUGUCGUAAAGGCCUACUCUAGCAGCACCAGCCUGGACCAGCAUCACCAGUCUGCAGCCAAAGACCUGACGGGUUCUCCCAUCCGCAGCACUCCUUCCACCAUCCAGGUCACCUACCUGCCCUCCACAGGCCAGCGCAGCAAGAGGCCCAAACACUUCCUGGAGCUUAAAAGUUUCAAAGAUAACUACAACACGCUGGAGAGCACGCUGUGAAACACUGACAGUUAGAAAAUGUUUGUGUGGGACGUGAUUGUGUGUGCACAACGGUUACAAGAACUGUAACUGUCUCUUGACAGUGAGCUUUAAAAUUGGGAGCAAAAAAACGUUUGGGAAGACUCAGUAGUAUCUUAUAGGAUUUAUUUUUUUCCUCUUUACUACGGAGCCUUUAUGUGCACGUGGAACACCCAAGGCCUUUGGUCUUAGUUUGGACCUAAUGGGUUAUGUUCAGAAGACAAAUAUGAUUGUGGCCGACGUAGCAAAGGUUUCAUUAUCAUAUCUGUGAAAACAGUCGAUAGCAAGUCAGUUUAAUUUAAUUUAAAGUUUGAAUAUGAACAUUUGCUUUUGAUUAAAUGCGUUUGUACAGCUAUAAAAUAUUUAUAUAGACAAUGAUAAUUUAUUUAAUUGAUGCAGUUUGUUUUGAAUUCAUGUGGACUUGUAUUCAUUGGUGUGUUGAUAUAAAAACUCUUAACUAUC